CACUUAAUGGACGUGCUGUAAAAAUCGAAAAAUGUUGAAGCCGAAGCACCGGACACCUCUUUCUCCCACCAAUUAUAGCAAAUACGAAGUGUUCUUCCGUUGUCCGCGGUUUUGGAGGAAGAUGAUGGGUCAAAACAGUUUCGCAGUCCCACAUUGUGAUGAUGUGGUGGGGCACUAAGCAGGCCCGCAGGAGGGUGUUCAGCGGCACAAGUCCAACUUCCCGCGGUGUACUAUUGUAUGUGUUCUGUGUCGGUAUGUACCUACAUACCAUAGGUCAGAAAGGCAGUCGAGGUAAGAUGGAAGGGUGGCUUGAGUGGCUUGCGGCAGGGAACGUGUCUGCCGAAAUCCCCGACAUGGCACCGGAAGACCCCUUGCUACGCCGUGUAGUAGUGUAUGGCAUCAGGUAUUUCACGAAUCCUUGGGGCUGGCUAAGCAUCGCUUCGCUUUGCUUUAGUCUGGUCUACCGCCUUCCAAGAACAUCCCACUGAGACUUUGAAGAAAUCGAAAGGGAUCGGGGGCCUUGCUCUCGUACACUUGGUAUGUAGCUAGUUCCCGUAUUGUUAGGAGGAAGAACAAAGAUACC